AUGUUGAAUCCUCAAGAUUUAACUCAAGUUUUGAGUCAAGCAAACACUGGGGGAGUACAAAGCACACUUCUUGUCAACAAUGAAGGAUCCUUAGUCGCAUUUUCUGGAUAUGGAGAUACAAAUGUUAAUGUGAAAGCUGCCAUUACGAGUAGCAUUUGGUCUGCAUAUGAGAAAAGUGGAAGUAAUGCACUUAGUAAUGAAAAUCUACAAUUUAUGCUUUUGGACUGCGAUGAUGGUCGAGUUGUCAUGACGAGAGUUGCAAGUUUGAUUUUGUGUCUUUUUGCAGAAAAAUCUGUCAAUGUGGGAAUGUUGAAAGCAAAAGCUGAUGCAUUGACAAAAUAUUUGAGUGAACCUCUCAAAAACCUUGCGUUAGUUACAUAA